CCAGACCCAAGCAGACCAUUCUGGAAGCUGAAGGUGAAGCUGCUAAAUCAAAGCAUUUGCAGUUCAAGCUAGUGUCCUAGACAAUUAUGCCGCACUCCUUGUCAAUUUUUCACUGACCUGGAUGUACAAUCUGUAGUCUGAGAUGGGCACUUGCAUGAAUGCAUGAAGGCAUAUAAUCAGAGGGUUCCUCUAGUCAGUGGGUUGAUGUGAUGAAGAAGAGAGCAAUACAUGAGGAGAUAAUUAAUUUGGUUCAUAAGCAGCGCUCUAGCAAUCAUGUGGACAAGGAAGAUCAAUCUGAAGUUACUGCUUCGAAGAUAAAGGAGAUAAAAGUGGAAGGGUGAAGAGGGUAACAGGAGCUACGUCUUAUGAUUGGAAUGGUUGAGCUCAUAAGAAAUAUUCUAUGAUCUUAUGAGCCAGGUUUGUUGGCCAAAUAAGCUCGCGGUUCUAAAAGAAAGGCAACAAACUUCAAGGAUGAGGAGUAUUAAUAAGUUCUGUGCCAACAAAUCAUCAUAUGGAGGCUGGUCUUUCAGUAAGAAGUAAUGAAGGGUUUGGAUCAAAUAGGUUGGAUUCUGCUGUCCUGGAUCUUGUUGCUGAUGAUGGUGAAGGUUUGCAGAAACAAAAAUCCAGAUUUCAUUGGGAUAAGAGGAGUAAAAAGUAUGUCAAAUUGAAUAACAGUGAACGUGUUACAGCUAGUGGGAAGGUUAAGACGGAGAGUGGUGCAAAAGUAAAAGCUCAGAAAACAGGAAUAUACAAGAAGUGGAAAGAACGAUCUCACAGAAAAGUAUCUCUCAAAGGAACAAGUAAUGGAGAGAAUGCUGAGACAGCAAACUCAGCAGGAGACUAUCGAUUAGGAGGUAAUGCUAGAAAGUUUAGAGGGAACAAGAAAUCACAGCACUCUGUGCCUAAUGCUCAUGUGCGUUCAGAAAUUAAAGAUCUUGAACAGGUGCGAAAGGAAAGGCAGAAAAAGGCAAGUAAGAUAUCAUUAAUGAAGGGCAAAGGCAACAAGAACAAAGGUAAAAAAUCUGGUAGGAGUGGUAAAAGAGGAAAGUCCAAGUAGCAGAAGCUUGUGAGAUUCAAUUGCCAAGAGAUCAUUGCAGAGUCACUGAGAGCAGAUGACAUAUGAUAUUGGUGGUCACUAGCAAAAAGUUUUGAGCUUCCAACAAUUGUUUUAAUGGCACAACGGAUGCUCAUUCUCUUUUAUUAUAUCCAGUUAUAUGGGCUGUGUUUAUAUAUAUGCCACACAAGGCUUUUUCCCCUCUUCAAGUAAGGGCAUGUUCAUCCUCUGUACCUUCUUCUCACAUAAAUGGCAUUGUUUGGUUCAUUUGUAAGUGCUGGAAUGACUAUUUUUGGAGAAACUGGGAAAUGGUUAUUACCGACUAUUUCACCAGAGCUCGAAUAGCCAAAAGAAUUUAGUAGACAAAAUUACUUUUAAUCAUUUUGUAAAAUUAUUACUUUCAUAUAAUUAUUCAACUCUAGCAUGUAAAACUCUUUGUUUUC